UGAAGUAACGGUUAGAGCUGGAAGCACCACGUGCUGCCCGAAGUUUGUCCAUUUGCAUACGACUAUUUAUGGCACGGGUUCGAGAACUUUCCUCUUGGCAGACGUCGAAGGUGACAUAGAUCCGAUUGUCCUGCAAGAGAAGGUUCUACAGAGUCCGAUUAUUUUCUCUUGGUGGCUGUUCACCAUUCUGCCGGAAAGCGGUUACAACAAGUGCAACAGCUAUGUUGUCGAAGGAGACGCUCACUUCCAGAAAACAUAAUAUGUUCAACGGUGUUGACAUAUCCAUAGAUCGUUUUGUGGAGCUGAAGGACAAGUUCGGUAACAAACUCCUCUUCCUGAACGCUGGUGACGUCUGGCUGGGACCUACACCUGUGAUCGAAGACGGCCGAGAAAGACUUGAGCAAAUCAAGGAAAUGGACCUCCGCGAAGACGACAUUAUCAUCGCUGGCUUUCCGAAAUCAGGUAAUCACUGGAUGCAGCAGAUCGGCCGCAUGUUGGUGCAAAACAGCACAGAAUACAAACCGAACUCGCUGAACUUUGAGACUCUGGAAUACAUACCCGCUCAUCUGAUCACGCCACCCGAUAAGCCCAGGGUAUUUUUCACACACCUCCGCUUUCAUCAUCUACCCAGACAGGUGUUGGAAAAAUCUGUAAAGAUUAUCCAUUUGAUUCGAAAUCCGAAAGAUACAUUUGCCUCCCUAUACACUUUCCUCGGGCAGCAUAAAGAACCGAUGAAAUACGAAGGAUCGUGGGACCAGUUCUUCUCUGUCAUGCUGGAUAUGGGAUUCUGGCAUGGCGACUUCUUCGACCACCUCCUGGACUGGGAGCGCGAGAUCGCAGCACACCCUGAGUUGCCAAUCUUUGUCUUGGCGUACGAGGACCUCAAGCAGAAUACUUUGGGGUGCGUUGAAAAAUUGAAUGAAUUCUUGGAAUUGAAACGGAGCCCCGAGCUGUGUCGAGAUAUUUGCGAGGUGUGCACGCUGACGACGAUGAAAGAGAAGGAGGAGAAGCUCUUGAGACAACUUAACAUCACUGACAAUGGUUUUACGUAUGUUUAUAGAAAAGGAGAAAUAGGCGACUGGAAGAACUGGUUCACUGAAGCUCAAAACGAACAAUUUGACAAAGUGUACAAGAAGCGCAUGGCCAAGAGUGAGCGCAAGUUCAUCUUCGAAUAAACUUCCGACUGUCUUUUCGUCAUAGUUAAACACAUUUUCAAAGUCACUAACAGGUCCGCGAAUUUUUUCUUUUAUUAAAAGAAACGAACCUUCUGGUUGGUUUACAAUCUCGCAUUUCACUGGCUUUUGUCUGCUCCCUGUCAAAUAUUCACAGAACAAUUCCUUUUCGCGAUGACAAGACUUUGAACUCUGCACCAGUCUUUCACAUUACACAAAUACAAACUUUAUAAAAGGCAGCGUGGUAAAAUAGCUGCUAACUAUUAGAGUGGUUUCCAUGGUGAAGCUAUAUGUUUAAGCGUGUGGUAAUGUAGAAUAAACAUACAAACAAUUCAAGGCUCUCGUUAUGGAAACAUGCUACACCUACUUUAGAAGGAUCUGUCCAAUGAUUAUUAUCAAAAGCCGUCAACUUGCAUGAACAUUUACUUGCUCAUUAUUGUUGUUGUUUAUGAAUAUAUUCUUCUCGGAUAACUGAGUUGCAUUAUUAUGCGUUAUGUUUCCUGCUGGUAUGUAAAAAUAGUAUUCAACCAAUUAUAUAUAUUUUCCUGCUUUGUUGCACUAUAAUCCAGAAAAUAUUCAAUUUAAGGGCAAAGGGGAGAUCAGCAAGAUUUGUCUUGUGUCACGAUUGUCUGAUGUUUAUUUAGAAUAAAUCUCAGAAAGCCUCAUUACAUACUUCAUUUAGAUUUAUUUUAGUCUCUCUAUGAAUUAACAAUACUCAGAACUAACAUUUUGUUAUUAAAGAGGUUUAUUUUUUAAUGUUUUGAAUAAAAAAUAAAAGCCCAGUGCAGUUACAGCAAUUAUUUUACAGAGUGAAAAUAUAAUGUAUUUUUCUUUUUAAGUGCAUUGGAUGUAAGUAAAGCCUCUCGCCGGAGAGAAAGAGAUGUAAGGAAAUAGUACGGAGGAACUGGAAGAAAUGAAUUGCAAACUAUGAAAUAUGCAGACGACAUAGCCCAAGUGGCCUGCCUGCCUCAAGGAUGUUCAGUACCUUUUCUGCUUUGGGGUGCUGGAACUCUGGAAGACUAGUCUGACUGCAGUUUUCUGGAGCUGAAUGUUGCAAAAGCCACAGUCGUGGAUGAAGGAAAGGUUUUCCUGCUGUGAUCAUGUAGACCACCGUGACCACUUAUACAAAAAUGUCUAGCAGAAACUUUAUCCGCAGUUUCAGCUACAGCUCUGGAGAGCCUCAGGAAAAAUGUUAAGUCCCUUAUUAAAGGUAUUCUUACUUUAACAUUGCCGCCUUAUGCGAUCACCAGGUAAGCAAGAUAACCAACUGCAUACAGCUACCACUCUCUGACCUGUUUGUCUGAAAGAAGGCCACUCGUAUCACU